CCUUAGCUCCUCCAGACUCAAAGGUUUGACUGCACAGUCAGCCACGCUUAGGUACGCUGUGGUCGGGUGAGUGACAGAAGACAAGAGACGCAGAAAAUAGAAACUCAACCUCUAGGAGAGCACAGACAGCCUGCCUUAUGUGUGGCUCCUCUCAAGGCUUUAAAGCCUCCUCUUCUGAAUGCACCACAGACAUGCUAACCUCAGAGAGGUCACCACAGAGCAUAGGAGCUACCUCUGUGACAGGUACACAAAAUGUAGAUAUGAGAUCAUGGAGCGAAGCCAACUUUGAGGAGCAGUGCACCUACAUUGUGAAAGACCAUCCUCUGGAGGAAGAGUCCAAUAGCCAUGGCAAAACAAGAGCCGAGAGGUCUUUGCCCAGAAACCUUGCCCUGAAACGUUGCUACAGUUCUACAGAGGUGCUUGGAGUGACCAGUAAGGAGUUGAUUCCAAAGGGUACCCGUUUUGGUCCUCUCGUUGGCGAAAGCUACACCAGCAAAACACUGCCAAAAAAUGCUGACAGCAGAUACUUCUGGAGGGUCUUCUCAGAGGGGCAACUUCACCAUAUCCUGGAUGGUUUGAAUGAGGAACAAAGCAACUGGAUGCGUUAUGUCAACCCAGCAAGAUCAGUAGAAGAGCAGAAUCUGGUUGCCUGCCAGAUAGGUUUGGACAUCUUCUUUUACACAAUCAAACCACUUCAGCCAGAUCAGGAGCUUCUGGUGUGGUACAGCUCUGAACUUGCCCAGCGUUGCAACUACCCUCAUCGUGGCCAACUAGCUGUUAAGACAAAUGAGCAGAUUCAGGCUUGCGAAAAGAUGAAAGGAAAACGAGGGCACACUGUUUCUGAGAUUCUCCGAGAUGAACCUUCCAAAUCUAAAUCUAUCUGUCUCAGACACCAGGACAGUCAGGUGUUUUCAACGAGUGUACCAGUUUUUCCCUUAUGUUCCAAUACUGUCUACCCAAUGCAGUCCAACUUGGAGUCCCCUCAUGGCUACAGAUAUGUUCCUUUGCUAUCUUUGGCACCAUACAGCGCUUCUACUGCCAAAAGGCCAGCAUUAAGCACUCCCAUUCCAACUAAUUUGCACUUCACCCUGCAACACACUCAAGACGCUGGCAAAACUGAACUUCACCAAAAACCUUGUGUUUCUAAGGAUGUUCACUCCACUUUCAGGGAGAGCCCCUAUCUAUUGCCUCACUACUCACUGGGCCUUCUCCCACAUUCGUUACCAUUCUACAAUGAACAACUGAAACCACACUUGCCCACAUCCUCUAAGUUUCUACCUUUCGACAACUAUGCACACUUUCUACAUCCUUCAGGUAGUGGUUCCAAAGACUUUUUACUUGUGUCAUCCAACUGCAAACAAGACCUCAGUCUUAUGCAAAACAAUGAGCACAAAGACACCAAUGACCUCCACUCCAAAAAGGUAAACUACCUCAAGAAUACUUCAACUGACCUCAGAGACUUCAAAUACUCUGCUUGCACCAAUGUCUACACAGACCUCACUGCAUCUACCAAGGCCAGCUCCCCACCCAUUGGCAUUAAUCUCCAUGGAAAACCUUCUUUUGCACCUCGGGAAUGCUCACCUCCAGUUGCUACGGCUGCCUCCUCAAACUACCUUCCUUCCACACCUACCUCUGCCACUCAGAGCAAUGCUGAAGAUGCAUUGGAUCUUGAGAGGCAAAAGAGAGGAGGCCAGAUCAUUGGCUACAAGACCCUGUCUUAUCCACUCACAAGGCAAAAUGGAAAGAUUCGGUAUGAAUGCAACAUCUGUGGAAAGAUCUUUGGGCAGCUGUCCAAUCUCAAGGUUCAUCUGCGAGUGCACAGUGGUGAGCGUCCAUUUAAAUGUCAGACCUGUAACAAGAACUUCACUCAGCUGGCACACUUGCAAAAACACUACCUGGUUCACACAGGAGAGAAACCUCACGAGUGCAAGGUGUGCCAUAAGAGAUUUAGCAGCACUAGCAACCUGAAGACCCACCAGAGAUUACACUCUGGUGAGAGGCCUUACCAGUGCAAGCUCUGUCCAGCCCGAUUUACUCAAUUUAUUCACCUCAAGCUUCACAAGCGGCUGCAUACAGGGGAGGGGACUCACCGCUGUCCUCUCUGCUCCAGUACGUAUCUUCACUACAGCAGCCUGCAGGUGCACCUCCAAGGCUUCUGCCCUCUUUCCCCCUCAGCAUCCCGGAGGCUGUCACCAGAGGAGCUACAACGGGUCAAUUCUGAGAUAGAGAGGUUCGACAUGAGUGAGGCCGCAGAGCAGCUAGAAGUAGUGGCCACUGAGGCCGAGAUAGACAAAGGGAACAUCAUUGACCUGAUACAAAAGAUAGAGAAUAAUAUCUUAAGCCUCCAAGAUGUUACCAGAGGGAAGGCCGAACUGAGCAUCUCUAGAUCAGCAGAGGAGUAUACCGCUGCUCAGAUGCAUUAUCACAGUCCCAUGGUUUUGCCACCAGCAAGCAUCAAGCUGGAGUCAGGCUGCAUUUCAGAGACUUAAGACUGACCUGCUAAUCCCACCAAAUAAUCCUUAGAGGCCAACUCAGCAGCUGUCUGUCACUGUCCUAUUUGAAGUAAAGCCUUAUCUCUAUCAUGGAUUGCCUAUAUACUCAAUAGGGAUUUGAGCUCAUCAAGAGUCAAGACAUUGCCAGCAUGACCUGGGAAAAAACAGACUUCAGUGAUUUAAUAUUCUUAUGUUUUUAUAAUUUAUUCAGUUACUGAUUUGAAUCUAACGUGUGUAAAAAUUCGAUACUUGCUAUAUAUUUGGAUACAUAUUUUUAAACAUUUGAAACAAUAAAUUAUUACCAAAAUGUGA